AUGAACCCCAGAUGUGAGAAGAAUGAGCGGAGAGAGAUCCACCCUCCAACAGACAAUGGGGUUCAACAAUAUUCUGUUACCAAUGAUUGGAAUGGGCCAGAUGAUCCGGAGAACCCUCGAAACUUUUCCUUUGCGACACGGGCGUGGGGCCAACUAUCCGUCACCUGUCUGGCCCUUGCGAGCGCAUUCGCUGGUGCCAUCUAUGCCCCAGCGACGCAGGACAUAAUACGAGCCUUCCAUUGCAGUUAUGAGGUUUCAAUUCUGCCUCUUGCCUUAUAUAACCUUGGCAUGGCCUUUGGCCCUCUUGCUGGGGCACCCCUGUCUGAAGCAUACGGAAGAAAAGCCGUGUUUCUCAUCACAACUCCCGUCUCUAUUCUCUUCAUGGUGGGCGCAGGUGCGGCCAAUGACUUGGGAGGUAUAAUAAUUUGCCGAUUCUUUGCCGGAGUUCUUGCAUCACCAAAUAUAAGUAACGCCUCUGCUACUAUCCUCGACUACAUGCCCGAGCUAUACCGUGGAGUGUGCCUUGGGGUUUACUAUUCCUUUCCAUCUCUCGGUGCGACAUUGGGACCACUCGCUGGGGGCUUCAUUGUUCAAAAAGAAUCAUGGCGCUGGACACAGUGGGUGGGCAUUUUUGUCUCCGUUGCGACAUAUGUGCCUGUUCUCUUCACGAAGGAGACUUAUAAAGGUGUCAUAAUCAAGCGCAGAGCAAGAAAACUGGGUCUUAAUGAUACAUCCUCACAGAAGAGCUCGUUAAAAAAGACUUUAAGACACUUCUUUCUCACUUUAGUCCAGCGCCCUCUCCACAUGCUUUUUACAGAACCUAUCGUCACCCUGGUCAGUUUGUACAAUGGUCUCAUUUUCGGUGUGCUAUAUGCGUAUAUUGUCUCCAUUCCUUGGACCUUCGAAAAGUACUAUGGAUUUACUCUGAACGGUCAAUCACUAUCAUACCUUGGUGUGAGCCUGGGUACUCUCGCUGCCUGUAUCCCAUUCUCUCUUAUUGAUAUAUUCUACUAUCAAAAAAGGUUCAAUGCUUGGAAACCAACUCAAGACCAAAAUGAACGAUUCCCACCAGAGAACCGUCUGGUUUCAGCAAUGAUAGCAAGUCCUUUCCUUCCAGCUUUUCUCCUUGUUGCUGGAUGGACGGCUGAGCACCGAAUUCACUGGAUAGUGCCAAUAAUAUUUCAGGGAAUGACAAUGAUGGCGUGUCUCCUUGUCUAUGCCGGGGCGAAUUUGUUUAUGCUGGAUUCUUAUGGUCCACUCUAUGGGGCGUCUGCAUCUGGUGCAAUGAUGUUUAGCAGGUACCUCAUGAGCUUUUUCUUCCCACUAUUUACGCUACGUAUGUUUCAAAAACUUGGCGUCGGCUGGGCAACCUCGCUUUUAGCCCUCUUGAUGCUACUUAUGGCACCGAUUCCCUGGGGAUUUUGGGUAUUCGGCUCGCGUCUGCGAAGGAAAAGCAAAUAUGAAACUAGCAGUUAA